AUGGCUAGCACCCUCGACACAGCGUCAAUCAACACCGCUCCAAUAACAGAGAUUAGCCAGAAUGCAAUCUCGACACUCCUGCAACACCCGAUAAUCCAUACAGGGCUGAGAACAGGGGCCCUCCCUUCCAGCUCGGGGUACAAGGCUCCUACACCGCGCGACAUUCCUCCCGUUGCCCUUACGAAUAUUCCCCACAUCGAAGGCAAGGCAUUUCAUCCUUACCUGUUGCAGGUUGGCUCACUGUACGAAGCCUUCCAAAGGGCAAAGAAUGAGGGUGAAGGCGAGACAUCAUUGUUCCACCGAGACAAGAAGGACACCAAGAAUGAAGAGUGGGAGGCUAUUCUUAGCAAGCGCCUGCAAAGGCCCGGGCAUUCUCGGGCGAGCUCAAUGAGCUCGACAAUAUCGAUUCCGCUAGAGCCGCCUCAACCGAAAAGGAGACAUAGUGGCCAACGACGUCAGGCGGUCACACCGUUGUCGACGAUCCCAGCCGUCUACUCGGAAGAAGAUUUCCACCUCGAGAAUCCAAGGACGUUUGAUAUCGUCUCUGAAAAUUCGGAGAUCGUGCGUGACCCUAGCGGAACUCCUUCUGGGAGAAGGUCUCUGGCUACAAAUGCAAUCCUGCAAGAGAAGUUAUCGUGGUACAUGGAUACGGUCGAGGUGCACCUCAUAAACUCCAUAUCGACGGCAUCGAAAUCGUUCUUCUCCGCGCUCGGAUCUCUCAGGGAGCUACACAAUGAGGCUGCUGAUUCAGUGGACCGUAUUCAGAGGCUUCGGAGGGAGCUUGCGAAACUCGACAAGGAAAUGGCUAUAGAUGGACUGAAAGUUGUUAAUCUGAAGCAGCGUCGUGACAAUGUACGUCAAUUAGCGCAAGCAAUCAUGCAACUCGAGGACAUCGUCAAAUCCGUGCAGAUUUGCGAAGACAUGGUCGAAAAGGGCGAGAUUGAUGAGGCAUUGGAUGGUUUAGAUGACGUAGAAGCGUUGAUGGCAGGCAAGGAGAGCAAGGCCCCGGAUACGAACCAGUCACUUCGAUACCAAAGACGUGAUCUGCGAAGAAUCAAGGCCCUCGAGGGCGCCUUCGAUGACUUGAAUCAAUUGCGUCAGCGGGCUGGUCGGGGUUAUGAGGCACGAUUUCACAACAGCCUGCUCAGUGACAUCAGACGACAUGUUGAGCACACGGAGACUAGCAUGACCCUUCAAAGAUGGGGAGUCGCGUAUACAAGACCAAAACCAGGCCAAAGAAGAGCCCCUUCCGCUUUCCCAGGGUACAUGAAUAUUGGGCCCGAGCUACGGGAUGAACUUGAAGCUGAGAUGAGAGGUCUAUCGAGGGCCAGGUAUACCACUCCGGCAGCUACUAGUUUCAGAGCGAUCGUCUUGCGAGAGAUGAAAAGCAUGAUUCGAAAACAGCUCCCGAGCUCUAACGACGACGACAAUGUUUCUACAGUUUCUGCCUCGACGAUGGGUGGAAGAAAUAUGAGCCAGCAAGAGAAGUCAUCGAUUUUGGCUAGAAAUUUGAGAGCACUGGACGCACAAGAUUGGUAUCAGAUGCUUGCGACUAUCUACACAAACAUUAGUGAAGGCCUGCGCCGGCUCAGCGUGCAGGUCAAAAUUUUGCUGGACAUCACAAGCAACUUGCCAGAGCACAUGAUUAAAUCACCUCCAAGAACUCCUGACCCUGCAAGUAUCGACAGAGUUAUGAGCCCCCAACCAAGCCGACCCCGAGCUACGAGUUCCGUGCAAGCAGAAAUGCAGCAAGUCUUAGAUCUCUCGAGUCUCUUAGGAGAGGGGGUGGAUCUUGCACAGGCACAGAUCGCGAAGGUAGUCAGAGUCCGGUCACAGCAGAACUCGGAAUUGUCUUUGUCUGAUUUCCUGAAGUACUUCACGCUUAACAGGCUGUUUGCCGAUGAAUGUGAAGCCAUAUCUGGCCGCAGCGGCACGGGCCUCAAGAGCGUUCUCGACAGCCAAAUUAAGGAUUUCGUGGCGCGAUUUGCAGACUCCCAGAAGCAUGAAGUGAUCAAGGUCAUGGAUUCUGAUAAAUGGGAUGCUAGGGAUUUUGGCGAGGGCGAGAAUGAGAUCCUCGCUCGGGUCAUGGAAGGCAGCACUAAUGACGCCCUUCCCUGGAUUGAAAGUACGAUGAUCUGGCAAACUUUGACCAACGGUGUCAACACAAGCAACGGCGUCGCACCUAACGGAACAGCUGCUGCGACUGCAAAGGUGCGCAGCGCCAUGAUUGAUGAACAGAAGUACAUACUUCCGGAAUCUGCCAUUGCCAUGUUACGAUCCAUGGAAACUUUCCAACACCUAGCGGCUGGCAUCCCCAGUAUGAGCCAUGAAGUUGCCACUUCGUUGCUGGAGAGUCUGAAGUUGUUUAAUUCACGAAGCUCCCAGCUGAUCUUGGGAGCCGGCGCUACUAGGAGUGCAGGGUUGAAGAACAUCACGACAAAACACCUGGCAUUGUCGUCACAGGGGUUGAGCUUCAUCGUCGCACUCAUACCCUAUGUGAGAGAAUUCUUCCGCCGCCACCUUCCUUCCUCGACGACCUCACAAGUCAUGAACGAGUUCGACAAAGUCAAGCGUCUCUUCCAGGAACAUCAAAACGGUAUCCACGAGAAGCUUGUCGACAUCAUGUCCGGGCGAGCCUCGAUGCAUGUCAAGGCAAUGAAGAACAUUGACUGGGAAGAAGCGGCCAAGAACAAAGCCGUCCAUGUGUCGCCCUACAUGGAGACAUUGACGAAAGAAACGGCCACGUUGCAAAAAGUGUUGGCCAAGCAUUUACCGGAACCGGUGGUUGCGGGGAUAAUGAUGCCGGUGUUUGCAAGUUACCGAGAGCAGUGGACGAAUGCAUACAAGGAUGUGACCAUCAAGUCGGUCAGGGCAAAGGAAAGGCUACUGGCAGACGCAUCAUUCUUCAGUCUCCGGAUCAGCAAAAUCGACGGAUCAGGAGACCUGGGCGAACACAUCGUGAACGUCGUCCAAGCAAAACCGGUCAUCAGCAGUGCGGCGCCACCAGUACCACCGUCUGAAGCUCCCGCGACAAAAGAAGAGGAGGAACAAAAGCAAGAUGCUGCGCUAGAAAAUGGAGAGAAGGAAGCCGAAGCCACCGAGAAGCGGGAGGGGGUCAAGACAUAA